AUGUUAAAAUUUUGUUACUUCGGAUCACUUGUGAUCAUUGGUUCCCAGGCUAAAAGAGAACUCCUUACAGCUUUACUUAUAAGUGUUUAAAUCUUGAUACAUAAAAAUUUUUCGAUUCUUCACAAUUUGAAUGCGAUGGGGAACGAAAUUAAGAAACCAAGACCGUUCUUUUGGCUCGUUCUGCGGUUAUGGCGUCCAACUCGUGCAAGGUUUUUAAUUUAGACGUGAGUUUGUCCAUAUCGUUAGGAGUGCACCCCGGGUACUGAAGAAUCUGCAGGUAGCUUUCCACCAUCCACGCUCUGAGACUCAUGGCUCUAGUGACAAAAGGAAAUUUGUUGAUGACGGGUUCAAACGAUUCACCUUCGUUUCACCCUUUACACCCUAACAUCAGGAUGCAUAUUCUCCAUACUGCUCUCUAUACAUUUCCUAAGAUGAUGACAGGGAGAAUUUGUUUAACAAUCAAGAGCUUCUUCAGUUGGUGAUCAUUUCAUUUUUUCUCAUGACCUUAAUGUUUGAUCCAGGGUCAAUAAUGUGAGGAGAAAGGAGAUUUUUCUCUGUUGAACGUCCACGACCAAUAAUGCUGCGCAUUGAUUUUUAGGAUUUGCUGUUCGGAUUGUUAAAUUUAAGGAAAUUUACAGAUUAUGACAGUUUGCUACAAUAAAAUUACAUCAAAAAGUCAACAAAGGAAAUUAGAGGAACUUUUCGUUAAAAAAUGGUGCCAUUAAUAGGAAAACCUGCAAAGAAAAAAAUUUGCCUCAAGAAUAAAUUAUUUCGAAGUAAAAUAACACUAUCGACACCUGAACACAAGCAGCAUGCUCCGGUGGAAACUGUUUAAGAAUGAUUAUCACCAUCUCGAAGUGUCCUUGAGCAAUUUUUGUCGUGAUUGUCAAAUCCUCUCUUGUUACUCUUGAAGUAAACAGCAUUCCAGCGCUUCCCCACGCGAUUGACGUUGAAGAAGAAUCUGACAUAAACUCUCGAAAUCUGGAGGAUAAAAUGAAAUUUAAAACGAAGAUAAGUCUUAAUAUCUACUUUUUAACUUACUCUUGAUGGAUAUAUCCCACUACAAUUAUAAAAAAAGAUGUUGUCAUGCUCAAGGUCAUUAUUUGUGUCGAGGCUCAUCUGUACAUGAUGCUAUAUAAUGAGUUUGAAAAAAUACCAAAUGUAAUUAGUAAGAGUAGGCGAGAACACAAUAGAAUAACAAUAAAACAUGAGUUCAGGGGUGUGUUGAGAUAUUUCUCUUAAUUAGGUGGAAAAGUCACAAAACUAAUGGAAUCUCCUGAAGCCUAUUGAUGUGGAUUGUAGAAAGGCGAACAAAUCAGUUGAAAAGUAUAGAGAAUGAUAACCAGGAAAACUUAAUCAUCACAACUCUUGCAAAUUAAACUACACCUUUUGCGAAUAGUCAUUACAAGCUAGCUUUUCAAGUUCAUCGCAAGUCAAAUGUCGAUUCAUGACAUCCUGCUUUCUUACUUGGUGGUGUUACGUAAAGGGAAAGAUCACUCCACUAACACAGAGUUAUGAUGUGGAUUAUAGAAAGGCGAACAAAUCAAUUGACAAGUAUAGGGAAUGA